AGUGUCCAGUGUCACUCAGAAAAUGACAGUUAUUGUCCUGUUUGUUGCAUCCUGUUGUGUCGUAUCAUUAAGCUUGAUUUUACAAAAAAUAGCCAAACUCUAUUUAAAAGCUUCUUUUACAAUAGUGUUGUAAAUUAAUCAUCAUUGAUCAACGAUCAGUGAUCUGCUAGUCUUAUAAGUACAUAAUAUCAUUAUCUUACAAAAAAUAUUUAAUAUUUUGCAAGUUUAGGUCAUCGCGUGACGAGAUAAGACGGCGAGAUCGCUCAUCGAGUAAGACAGAACAUCGUAUGGACCGCAAACACAGGAGUGACGACAGAUCGAGGCCUCAUUCUCCCCAUACAUCUAAGGACAGGUCUAUUAGUAGAGAAAGAAAAGACUCAAAGCGAAAAAAAAGUAGAAAAAAGAAAAAACAUUCAUCUAGCAGUAGGUCAAGCAGUGAUAGUGAUGAAGAGGAGCUUAAGUUGUUACAAAGACUUGAGGCAGAGCGCCUCAGGCUCAAGGAGGAGAAAAAGAAGCAGAAGGAAAAAUUGAAAGCUAAUGAGACACCUGAAGAAAAGAGGGCUCGGCGCCUGAGAGAGAAGCAAGAGAAGGAGCGUAAGCGUCGUGAGCGCAUGGGCUGGGACAAUGAGUAUCAGUGCUACACCAACCAGGACAAUCCCUUUGGUGACUCUGCACUGACCAACACAUUUGUCUGGACAAAGAAACUUGCCAAGGAAGGUGUCAAGACUGUGUCUCGAGAUGAACUCGAAGCUCUCAAUCGACAAAAGCAAUUGGAGAACAAAAUAGAGUUGGAAAAGGUGAAGCAGCGGCGGCUGGAGCGCGAGGCGGAGCGCGCGGCGCGCGAGGCGGAGGCGGCGGGCGCGGCGCGCGCGCGCGAGGCGCUGCAGUUCCACGCCUGGGCGCGCCAGGAGGACGCCUUCCACCUGCACCAGGCGCGCCUGCGCUCGCAGAUCCGCAUCCGCGACGGCCGCGCCAAACCCAUCGACCUGCUAGCGUGGUACGUGAGCUCGGAGGAGUGCGUGGACGCGCUGGAGAUGCACGAGCCCUACACCUACCUCAACGGGCUGCAGGCACAGGACUUGGAGGACCUACUUGAAGAUAUCAAGGUGUACAAGGAGCUGGAGAACAACGCGAACCAGGCGUACUGGCAGGACGUGCAGACCAUCGUGCUGGCCGAGCUGGGCAAGCUGCGGCGGCUGGCGGCGCCCGACGCGCGGCGCGACGGCGUGCACCAGGCCGUGGCCGACGACGUCACGCAGGUGUUCCGCGGCAAGAGCGGCGCGCAGCUGCAGGCGCUGCAGGCGCAGAUCGAGCGCAAGAUCAGCGGCCGCCGCGACGGCGUCGACGUCGGCUACUGGGAGAGCCUGCUCAGCCAGCUCAAGGCGCACAUGUCCCGCGCGCGUCUGCGCGACCGCCACCAGACCAACCUGCGCCGCAAGCUGCAGCUGCUCAAGCAGGAGCAGGGCGUGGCCGCCGCCUCCACCUCCGCCUCCGCGCCCGACCUCAAGCGCGAGCCCGAUGAGCCGCACAGCCCCGUAGCGGCGGCGAGCCCCGUGGCGUCGACGUCGGCGGCGGGCGAGGCGGCGGACGAGGCGGCAGACUCAGCGGCGGAGUCGGCGGCGGAGUCGUCGGGGUCGGAGCGCGGCGCCAGCGUGGCGCUGUACCGCGCGGGGCGCUACUCGCCGGCGCCGCUGUCGCCGCGCGCGCUGGAGCCGGGCACGCUGCUGACGGAGGCGGCGCUGGACGCGCAGCGCCUGGCGUACCUGCGCGCGCGGCAGGCGGGGCAGGCGGGGGCUGCGGCGGCGGCGGGCCCGGCGCUGGGGCCGGCGCCGGGGGACGCGGCGCUGGAGCGCGAGGCGCGGCGGGCGAUGGGCGCGGCGCCGGACGAGGCGCAGUUCAGCGUGGAGCACGCGCUGCCCGACCAGCCCUGUCUGUGGGCCGACAAGUACCGCCCCAGGAAGCCCAGAUAUUUCAACCGGGUGCACACGGGCUUCGAGUGGAACAAGUACAACCAGACGCACUACGACAUGGACAACCCGCCGCCCAAGAUCGUGCAGGGCUACAAGUUCAACAUCUUCUACCCCGACCUCAUCGACAAGAACGCCACGCCCGAGUUCUCCCUGAAAGCAUGCCCAGAGAACCCAGACUUUGCAGUGCUGCGUUUCCACGCGGGCCCUCCAUACGAAGACAUCGCGUUCAAGAUCGUGAACCGCGAGUGGGAGUACUCGUACAAGCGCGGCUUCCGCUGCCACUUCCACAACAACAUCUUCCAGCUGUGGUUCCACUUCAAGCGCUACCGGUACCGCCGCUAGACCUGCACCGUGUCACGGCCUCGCCCAUCUAUUUCUCAUGUAAAUGUCGAUUACUUCUACUAACUAGCCAAUGAGUAAGCGGAAUAAACAACCAUGCUCCCGCAA